CAAUCUGUCCCUUUUCUUCAACGUGGCUGUGAUUGAAUGCAAACUGACGCGUCGGCCUGAUGCGCUGGCAGGUCUUGUGAUGCCCUUUUGGUUUUCUGUCAAAAGGUAUCAAAUAGGAGGAGACUAGUUUGAACGUCUCUAUAUUUAACUAAUCGAUUUCUCAGUAUUAAAGAUAAACUGAUUUUUGGCACCUUGCUUAAAUUCCCUUUUAAGGGAUGCCUGACUAGUCCAAACAUAGAGGCUUACACUCCACCGUCCUCUUGUUUGUUGUGACCGCUCUUUGAAUCUGGGCACAGAGGAUUCCACCUCGUGGUCCCGUAAGCCGGUGUGAACCGUGCUUCUAUGUUCACAAAAUGCUCACAAUGCCGCAAUGAGACGGGGGGGAUGACUGUGUGGUGACUGGGUGACUUCAGUCAGAGUGUGUGUGUGUGUGUGUGUGGUGGGUAACUGGGUCAGAUGGCCGAUCUGGCAAAUCGCCACAGAGGGCCUUAUCAACUCUUGACUCAUUCAGAGGCCACGAAAGGCUGUGCUGCAACCAGCCCACACGCUGCUACAGAUUACGAGCACAUGGUUUGUGGGAGAAGCUCAUACUCGCUCAUAUGUCUGAAUCAGCAAGAUGUUUACGUGGGAUGAAUGAGACCAUGGCAUUAAUGAUUCAGUGUCAUUUAGAGAAGAACUUUUCCAAAAGACUAGAACGUUAUACAUGUUAAUGUGUGUCACAAGUCAGGGGGAAUUAUACAUACUGGUGCCUGUUAGCAACACGUGUUACGUCAUUUACAUAAUGUGGGGCAUUAAUCACAUUAGUUUUUAGAUAACUCGAUUUACUUAUGUAAUGUACGUUAAAUCGUUUUUAAUGUUUUUAUUGUAAACCUUUUCUAAAUUCCCCUGCUACUCUAAUUCAUUUGAGAUAUCUGGCUUCGCGUUUGGCCUUCAGUGUGUGUGUGUGUGUGUGUGUGUGCACAGGGAGGAGAGACAGGAGGAAGAGGAGGAGGAAGAGGAGGAGGGAGUGAAGCACAGGCGCGUUGUUCCUGUGUGAUGGUGGUAAUUUCACGAGGAGGAAGAAGGCGAGCGGAGCAGCGAGACCCUCGUCGGAUUAUAUUCAUUGUCUUCAGCGCAAAAUGUGCACGCCGUGUUGUGUGUCGCAGCUGGCCUGCUGCUGCGGCUCAGCGGCCUGCUCGUGCUGCUGCAGCUGCUGCCCCCAGAUCAAACAGUCCACGGGGACCCGAAUCAUGUACGCCCUCUACUUCCUGCUGGUCACCAUCGUCUGUGUCAUCAUGAUGUCCCCCACCGUGGAGCAGCAGCUGAGAGACAAUAUCCCUUUCUACAGUGAUAUGUGUGAGAAGAUGAAGGCAGGGGAGAACUGCAAAACUCUGGUUGGCUACUCGGCCGUCUACAAAGUGUGCUUCGGCAUGGCCUGCUUCUUCUUCCUGUUCGCCAUCUUCACCAUACGCAUCAACAACAGCGCAGGCUGCCGGGCGGCCGUGCACAACGGGUUCUGGCUGCUGAAGUUUAUGGUGCUGGUGGCGUGCUGUGCUGGAGGCUUCUUCCUCCCUGAAGAGGAAACGUUUCUGCAAGUGUGGCGCUACAUCGGAGCAGUUGGCGGCUUCUUUUUCCUGCUGAUCCAGCUCAUGCUCCUGGUGGAGUUUGCACACCGAUGGAACACAAACUGGAGUUCCGGAGUGAAGCACAAUCGCAUGUGGUACGCAGCGCUGGCCUUCGUUACUCUGAUGCUGUUCAGCGCGGCCGUCGCAGCCUUGGGGUUCAUGUGUGUGUUCUACACCGACCACGAGGCCUGUUUACUCAACAAGGUCUUCCUGGGCAUCAACGGCAGCCUGUGCCUCAUUGUCUCCCUGUUGGCCAUCUCGCCGUGCAUACAGAAACUGCAGCCCACGUCAGGCCUGCUGCAGCCAGGAGUCAUCAGCCUGUACGUCAUGUACCUCACCUUCUCAGCCUUCUCCAGCAAACCAAAAGAAAUUGUGGAAAGAAAUGGCGUGAACACCACCGUUUGUGUGUUUUCCUUCAACUCGGAGACGGAGAGCGACAAGAAGAUUGUCACCGGUUUUGGAACCGUUAUCCUUUUUGGUUGUAUCCUGUACUCUUGCCUGACGUCCACAACCAGGCGAAGCUCUGCAGCGCUCCGAGUGUGUCGGAACAGUGAGCCGGCGACUGAGAGAGCUCGCUGUUGUUUCUGUUUUGGAGACGACACAGAUGACGCUGAGGAGAACAGAACUAGCGGAGGCCAAAAUGUGAUGUAUGAUGAGAGAGAAGGAACCAUCUACAGCUACUCCUACUUCCAUGCCGUCUUCUUCCUGGGGUCCCUGUAUGUCAUGAUGACCGUCACCAACUGGUUCCAUUAUGAUGACCAUAAGAUUGAGAAGCUGUUGGACGGGAGUUGGUCGGUGUUUUGGAUCAAGAUGGUCUCCUGCUGGGUCUGUCUCAUCCUCUACAUGUGGACUCUCUUUGCUCCCAUGGUCUGCCCAAAGCGCUUCGAGGCCUAAAAGCCACUAAUCUGAGGUUGGGCCGCUCUGAUUCUGGGGACGUGGUCGGGCAGACGCUCUCUUGCGCAGAGCCAAGACGUCCACCUCUCCGUCUUACCUUAAACACAACCCCACACUACCCUCAGUGUUCAAAAUGGAGGAUUAUCUGUUGCCUUUUGUUUGAUAUGCUAGUGUUUUACAACGUUAAUACCUUGAUGGUAAAUUUGUUAUUUUUUACUACCACUUUCUCGUGGAGUCUUUUUUUUAUUACUUACAUAUUUGAAAUUACAUACAGAAUCGUGGGAGUUAAGAGUUAAGUUGCAUCGGGAAACAUGGGAAUCAUCCAGCCCUUAAAUAUCACCUCUGUGUGUCACCAGACAAUUCAGUUCUGUAAAGUUGGACCAUAAGGUUGUAGCAAAGAUUUGAAAUAAUUGAAUUUCACCCUAAAGAUGUUACAAAAGAAGAUUAUUAUAUUUAUUUAAGUGUGUCUUAAGUAAUUAAAAAUAAUUGUGUGAAGGAAUUUGAUUCGAAUUGAAUUAAAUUUGUCCCUGGAUCUGUUCAAGAACUCAUCUCUCAGGCGCACGUGUGAGCUGUGUAUUAGCUGUGCUUUGUUAUAUUACUCCCUUUUGUAGAAGUUUUCUAUGCAACGGAACAAACCCUUUUCAAUAUCAUACCCAGCGUUGUGAAGUUUCCACCGAGUUCGAAAGGAUGUUUCAAAUUUGGUUAAUUCCAUUGCUCCCUUUUGAUCUUUCUUAGCAAAGUCCAUGUCAACGUUUCCUGCCAUCCUUGUUGUUUUACAGAGCAGUGCUUUUACAAUUAACCUGCCUUUAUUUGAGAGUGUCACAUGAGGAAUGUUUGCCAAAGGUAGAAGUCAGAAAACAACAAUCACAAUUGUUUGGUCAGUAACAGAGAUUUUUACUGAAGUACUUGCGUGUGCAACACAAACGCUUACUUUAACUGUUUUCUGUACAGUUAUGAAGCAGUCAGAAUAAAGUAGCAUAAUCACUUUUAUCAGCAAUUUAUUCAAUACUGGAUGUUGGGUUUGCUGCCAAAUUCUCACAAAAACCUCCACCGGUCAACCUGUGUCACUGAUUGUUGGUUUGUAGAUUACAAUGCGUCAACAAUUGUUUCUCAUUCAUCCAUCAAUCAGCAUGUCCUUUUCCUCUGGUAUUUGGGCUUAAUUCUUUUGAUAUGUGGUUUUAUUGUUUUAUGUACAUGAACAUUUCGCCAGGGGACUUACAUUUUUUGGAAACCUGCAUUUCGGUAGAAAUCGAAUGGUGCUCUUCAGUUUUGAUAUCAAUCAAAAGAAAUUCCUAAAUCUGAUGUGAAGGCUGUGUAUCACCAUAACAUACAGUAACACUUUGGGACCAAGAUGUACAUGUUUGAAAUGCAGAGAUGUAUUGUUUCAUUAUUCAAACUCUCAAUAAAACAGCCGUCGAAUGCCA